AUGCCAUUCCACCUUGCCAAGGGAGUUGUUGUGCGGUCGGAAGCUGCAUUCAAGAUAAUGCGUAAUCUGAAGCCAACACUUGUCGUGAAGGACACGGCUGAAGCUGUGUGGGGGAAGGACGUUUUGGAAAAGAAGAGCGUCACAGGGAUGGUGGCGCCACGGAAAAAAUCCCUGGGCGAAGUGGCUAAAGAGCCUCUAACACCUGAGAAGGUUGCUGUUGUUGCAGCCACACUGAAGCACUGGGGUGCAGAAAAGAACAUAGAGGUGGAAGCAACACUCCUGAACCUGGGCCGCCUGCUGUCGGAAAAGAUCCAGGAUGUCCUAAAAUCAAAGCACCGGCUCAAAUUGCAAUAA